GGUUUCCCAAACCGUGAAUACCCUUCGUGUAGUAUUACAACUUCGAUCGAUGAUAGAUCGUAUUUUCAAUAAAUACUGAUUGAUGGUUUUAAAAGUAUAAAAUGUUUGUCAUUCAUUAUUGGUUGUUUGUUGCCUUGUUCAUCAGUAGUGGCAUCGAAGGAAAAGAAUCUCCCGAAUUAGAUCCAGAUAAUUUAGCAUAUAAAGGAGAUCCACUCGUUUUCGCUUGUGUGCAUGAAAAAAAACAGGGAGAAUUCCGAAUAGUCAAAAGUAAUGAUAAAUCUGGAAUGACUGAGUUGGUAAAAAAACUAAAUAAUGGACACGAUCUAUCGAUCUUUAUUCAUGCUAUUGGGGUUGAAGUGGACGAAAAUGGAUAUGACUACGAUGAUGCUCAAGCAUGGUUUGAUGCAUCUACUACAAAUAUUUGCUACGUUACAUAUGCGUUUGAAAAUUCGGCGACGACACUCAUAAAAUUAAUUCCGCAUAUGAAAAAAAUGGUGCAAACGAAUCGACUUGAGUUUGUAGCAAAAGAAGUGCGCGAUCUAGUAUUAAGUGUUCGAGAUUUAAAAGGUAGCAUCAAAAGCAUAUCACAGAUCGUAAUGGUUGGUUUUUCCUUUGGGGCGCAUAUUGCAAGUCGCGCCUGUCGAUAUCUGACUGCCAAAACCGGUGAAAAAGUAAAAAAAUUAAUUGGUUUAGACCCGUCCGCUGCAACCCUAUUUCUCAACAAGAAGUAUUACAUUUCGAAAGGUGAUGCAAGUUUUGUGCAGUUAAUUCAUACAUCGAAAGUACUUGGCACUUCAGAGAGAACUGGCGACGUUUCUAUAGUAGUGAAAGAUAACCGUUUAUCAAUUUUCAAUCUGCGUGAUAAACAUUCAUUGGCUACAGCCAUUCAUGCGGCGACUUGUAGAAAAAAGCUCAUAAUAAUUGCCGAAAUGAGUAAGAAAGAUUUGGAAAAGGAUGCAAAGGCAAAAAAAUCAGCCAAAAAACCAGCGAAUAAUUCAAAAACUCUUCCACAAGGUUUAUUAAUUGAAGUUAACGAUAUUAAAGACUACAAAGUACUAGAACUAAAGGAGACGCAAUGUAUGGUUGGUGUAUACAGCGAAUUCAAGCCAGCUAUGAGCGGAAACAUUUUUGAACUAGAUUUGGCCAAACGUUCAGAUGUUUUAUGGAAGAGCAUGGAGUAAUAUGGAUAUUAUCAUUAUAAACUUACUUCAUCUUUUUUCAUUGUAUCUAACACUCUAUUUUGUAUAAUUGCUUACACCAGGAAAACAUUUAAAAUUGUAAUAAUAAAAAUUUAAU